AUGGAACAAUACCUACGUAUGGAUGCGGUUUCCGUUUUAAAAGUCGAACGCCAUACCUGUACGCUACUCACUCUCGUUGCAUUAUGGUGUGCUUGUUCAGCCGAAGCUCCGAAGUUCACAGCAGGUAACGGAAGUCCAGAAAACAAAAAAGUAAAGAACGGAAGUAAAGAAGAACGCCUGCGAUGCUCAAUUGAGGCGACGUCAGCGGACUACAAGUGGUUCAAAAAUGACGUACCAAUCAAAAGUGGACGCAAAUAUAGAAUUAAGCCAUUUAAAUAUCUGAAAAUCAAAAACGUCCGAUUCCAGGAUCAAGGACAAUAUCGUUGUGAAGCGACAAAUGACGACGGUCACGUGGAAAAAAUCAUAAACCUAACAGUUUACUCAGAUCAUGUCAACGACUCUCGUGUUUAUAAAAAGCCAUAUUUCACGAAAAACGUAUCUUUGGUCAUAACUUACAAAAGAAAAGACAAGAGAGCGCCUGUACUUGACUGCACGGCAGGUGGUUAUCCAAAGCCAACUAUAAUUUGGUACAAAGGAAGUGAACAGUUGAAGAACAGCAAUAAUGACGGAUCGACACUCAGAGUUAAAUCUCCUGAUUCCAAAACAAACGCCAAGUACAAGUGUAUAGUGUCAAACGGGAAAGGUGCAAUUCAACGAAUUUUUACAGUCACCAUUGAAAAGAAAACCCGUUCUUCACCGGUUAUGCAAGACAUUAAAAACCACACGGUUGUACUUGGAGACACGAUUGCUGUUGAAUGCAAAGCCGUAAAUCGUGAUAAACCAGAAUUCCAACUUCUUCGCGUACUGCCAAACGGGACUGAAGAAGUUGUAAAAAUUGGAGGAAGAGUGACAAUGAUAGACAGUGGCAAAACGAGGGAAACUACUCUAACAUGGCAUACUGUAAAAUGGACCUUUGAGAAUGUUUCUCUUUCCGAUGCACAGAAAUACGCGUGCGCAGCAAGGAACGAAAUAGGAACAAAAAAAGAGAAUUUUUGGUUGUUUGUGAUUUCCGAAGUCCCAGAAAGACCUGCUCCACACAACCCGAAAGUGACUCCAUCGAGUACUACCCGUCGAACAAAGACAACUAAAAUUCUCAUGAUCAUCGGCAUUAGCGUAGGAGCAACAAUCCUUUUUCUGGUGAUCGUGAUAGCCAUGUGCUACAGACAUAAACGCACGAGCAAGUUGAGCUUUGACAACAAUUGGUAUCCGCUUGAAGAGGUCAUCCCCAACACAAUACAAAGUUAUCAAGCUGGGCCGAGUAAGACACGUCUUCGCUUGCAUUCAAAUAUGUCACAGACAAGCGAAAUUCCAUAUGACGACGACUGGGAUAUCAAUCGUGAAAAUGUUCGACUCCUCGGAACAAUAGGGGAAGGAGCUUUUGGCCGGGUACUUAAAGCUGAGGCAUACGUACCUCGCCUGGGUUCUAUGCGUCUGACGGUGGCAGUAAAGACUUUAAAAGAUGAUGCAACGGAUGUUGAGUUUGCUGAUUUAGUUUCCGAGUUAGAGGUGAUGAAGAAGAUUGGCCGACAUAAAAAUAUCAUCAAUCUCAUUGGAUGCUGCACUCAGAAUGGGCCACCAUUGGUUGUGGUGGAGUAUGCACCGCAUGGAAAUCUCCGUGAGUAUUUACGUGAUCGCCGACCCCAACGACCAGGCGUUGUCGCUGGCCCACUGAUAGACGAAAUACUGUCACUGAGAGAUUUUAUAUCGUUCAGUUAUCAAGUGGCCAGGGGUAUGGAAUACUUAGCUUCGAUGAAGUGCAUUCAUCGUGAUCUGGCCGCGCGAAAUGUACUAGUUUGGGAUGAAAAAGUGAUGAAGAUUGCAGACUUUGGUUUGGCAAGAGACAUCCAUAAAAUAGACUAUUACAGAAAGACAACAGAUGGUCGCUUGCCAGUAAAAUGGAUGGCAUUGGAAGCGUUGUUUGACCGUGUUUAUACUAUACAAAGUGACGUAUGGGCCUUUGGUGUUCUGGCUUGGGAAAUAUUUACGUUCGGUGGAACGCCAUACCCCAGUGUACCGUUGGAGAAACUUUUCGAACUUCUGAAAUCCGGGUAUCGCAUGGAAAGACCACCCAAUUGUCCACCUGAACUGUAUGACCUCCUUCUACGAUGUUGGCAAGAAGAACCAGCAUCACGACCUCAUUUUUCAGACAUUGUGAAAGAGUUGAACGACGAAUUGGUCAACAUGACAACCGAUGAGUACGUUGAUGUUGAACUACCAAUGCAUAGCCCAAUGACUCCAAGGACUUUAUCUGAAUCCGAACCUAACCAUGGCUUGAGUUCAGUCCCCACGGCCAUCGGUAAUAACGUAUUCACAAGCGAAGAAAAUGAUAUCGACGAAGAGGAAGAACUGUUAGAGAAAGACUGUGAUAAUGAAAGAGCGCUGAAACGUACAAGCAGUGAUAGUGGACUUAUCGAAUCCGAACUUCUUUCAGAUGGUAUUUCAGUUGUCGACGGAGAACAGUCUGAGCUACUAAAAACGGACUUUGAACCGUCAUCAAAUCCACGUGCAUUAAAAUCAAUGGAAAGCGAUGUAUAAAUUUUGGGAGGAGUGUCAACAGGUGGAUAUAGUUCGAGAUGAUUUGUACCUUCAGCAUCCUUCAGAUAAACAAUGUUUUGUUCCAUAAAAUCGUCUGGGGGGAAGUAUACAGAUUUACAGAAAGGCGUUAAAUCGUAUGUGGCGAUCAGAAUGUACAUAGAUAGUAACUUAUACAGUUGACAGUAUGAAUUUACUGCUUUUUAAAAUAUUCGAACACCUGAGGAGGGAUGGGUAGGAGAGAACAAAGUAAAAAAUGGAGAUCUCGUAUUUCGUCAAUAAAAGUAAUAGCGAAUUACCAAUAGCAUUUAUCCAGACAAAUUGCUGGGGUUUUUUUUAUCUAAUAAAUGUUAUGUAGUUGGUCACUAAAA